AUGUCUUCCCCAGAGAAAAAGAGAAAGAAGAGAAAGAAGACAACGACGGAGAAACCGUUGCGUAAGCCAUCGCCGUUACUUCCACCGACCCCGGAAACAACCCCAAAUCCGUAUCUUCCCGAUGAUUUGCUACUGAGUUGCUUGGCACGAGUCUCGAGAUUGUAUUACCCGACUCUCUCCCUCGUCUCCAAGAGCUUUCGAUCUCUCCUUGCUUCACCGGAGCUUUACAAGAUCCGAUCGGUCUCAGGUCACACAGAGAGUUGUCUCUAUGUGUACUUACAUUUCUAUCCUGACCCUAACGCUCACUUGUUUACUUUCUGCCGGAGACCUAACCGAACCCUAACAGAGAAGAUGAAGCUAACAGAGAAGAUGAAGCUAAGUAGCAAUCUUUUGGUUCCAGUCACAUCUACUCCCCAUUCUAUUCCUUAUCUCUCGAAUUACACAGCUGUUGGUUCUGAUAUCUACGAAAUUGGCGGACUCAUCAAUCACCAGGAUUCCUCUACCGUCUCGGUCUUUGAUUGCAGGUCUCACUCGUGGCACCAAGCUCCAAACAUGCAGGUGACAAGAUCGAACCCGGACGUCAAGGCCACCGAUGGAAAGGUAUAUGUUAAAGGAAAAAUUGACGAACCCAAAUUCAAAAACCCUGACUUGGUAGAGGUUUUCGAUCCAAAAACCCAAACUUGGAGUUACGAAUCUAAAGAAUGGAAAUCACUGGAUUGUUAUUAUAGAUCAAAACAAUGGGUAUCACGAUCUCGUUGGUGCGAGAUAGAUAACGUGUUGUACUAUUAUCAUGGAGGGAAGUUCGAAUGGUUAGACACUAAGGCAAGAGACUGGUUAGACCGGAGAAUCCGUGUUUCAGAGUCACAUCAGAACUCGGUUUUUGCAGUUUGA